AUGCAUCUUACAACUGCAGCAAUUGAAACAUAUUUGCUAAAAGGGGCCCAAGCGGCUGGAGACCUUGCACUGAGUAUUUCACCAAGCGGUGCUGACGAUGCUCUUUGUCAUGUUGCUGAUGAGGAUAACAAAUCUACUGCUGUUAUGAUGAGAAUGAAGAGGGCCGCUAUGCUUGAGCAGAUUCUAGACACACGUCGCUCGACGACAAUAUACGCAGACGCGCUCUGGAAUCACGUGACUCUCGACGCGGACGAGUUGGCGUUCAAAGUGGGUGACGUCGUUGAGGUGCUGCACAGGCUGGACAAGGAUUGGUGGUACGGCCGGAUUGCCGAUAGGAAGGGGUGGUUUCCUGCUUCUUUUGUUAUUAUACAAGAAACUCCGCCUAUAGACAUCAGAAACGACUCAACCCUCAUGAGAAAGCACAAGCACAGCAAGCAACAUCAACGUACCAGCAACAACAACAACGACAAAGUUUCUUCAUCUAACUUCACACACAACAACAAAAACAACGGCACUGAUACCACCACCAACAACAAUAUAGCAAAUGAUGAAGAUGAUGAUGAAGAUGAUGAUGAGAUAAGUAAAAUGGAAGUACUGAGGAAUCAUAAGAUUAACGAGUUUGUAAGCUUAGAAAGGCAGUAUGUUAAAAGGUUGAAAGAUGUUGUAGAGGGCUACGUGGACAAGGCACGAAAAAGGACCGACAUGUUCACAUCCGAAUUGGUCUCAAAAAUAUUUAGCAAUUUGGAUCAGAUCUAUGUUUUUGCUCAUAAUUUCCUGUCCGUCUUAGAGGCGAACGUUGUGAAAGAUGCUGUUUAUAAGAGUUGUAUCGGGGAGUGCUUUCUUGAAAGGCAAUGUGAUUUUGAGGUCUACUCUGAGUAUUGCAACAACCAUCCGAGAGCCUGUGAUGAACUGAACAGCGUUAAAAACGAUCUGAAGUAUCAGCUGUUCUUUGAAGCAUGUCGACUUAUCCAACAGAUGAUCGAGAUUCCUUUAGAAGGUUUCUUACUAUCUCCAGUGCAGAAGAUCUGCCAGUACCCGCUGCAGCUGAAAGAGUUAAUAAAGUACACCCCACGUUCGCAUCCGGAUUACGAGCCUCUGGUCGGUGCUAUGGAGGCCAUGAAGUCUACAGCCAUGCUGAUCAAUGAGAGGAAGAGGAAAGUCGAGAGUCUGGAAAAGUUGGCUGUCUGGCAGUUGAAUGUCGACGGCUGGCAGGGUCCGGCCAUAUACGAAACGAGUUCGGAGUUAGUGUACAGUGGUGAAGUUGGCAAGAAAAGUUCAAAUGGAUCGAUAUUAUGUCGGGUCCUGUACAUCUUUGAUAACUUGCUCGUCGUUUUUAAAAAGGACAUAUUAUGGAGAGAUGGACUAAUAUAUAAGAGUAGAUUGAACCUAAGGAGGUGUCAAAUAAAAACCAUUACAGAGCCUAACAAAGAUAACGUCAGGCAUUGUUUUCAACUCGUUGAAGAGGAACAAACACCUAGAAGUCGUCACCAUCAGCAUCACUAUCAAUCCUGCAACAACAUCAACAACAAAAAUAAUAAUAAUAUAAAUAAUAAUAAUAAUACUAAUAAUGUGAAUAGUACUGCCCCGGCAAAAGUUUAUACCUUUGUAUGCAAGUCAGCCGACGAGGUAUCGUCCUGGCUAAAAGCGUUUGACGACGAACGAAAACUCUUCUUAAAUGAUCUAGAUAACGGUUUUGAGUUAUCAAAAGUGAGAAAAACUAUCAAGUUACCUGAUACCACUAAGCAAAAAGAUAAAGCGUUCAGAAAGAAAAGCUUAGUGGCAUAUCAUUCCUUGACGGAUGGAGUGAGAGAUCUAAUCGCUGCAUCCAAUAAUAAUAAUAAUAACCAUAAUAAUUUUGGUAGCAUUUUUAAUAGCGUCAAUUAUAAUUCUUUAAGGAAACAGUCUGCCUCGUCACUGAUUAAUUUUGUGCAAAAAAAUUUCAAGAGGUGA